AUGGACAUGGAAAUAGACGACAUCCUCGCCUCCGUCGACCGCGAUACAAACUUCUCCUCCCCCGAAUCCGUGACCAUCGACCACCAACACCUCACGCGGCUAUGGGUCGCCGAACGCGCGGUGUCGGAAUUGUUGCCUUGGCCUGGUCAAUUGAUGGAUAGGAUGAUGGAGAGGGUUCGGAAGCAGGUUGAGAAUAUAGAAGAUCUCACGGCGUCUUCGUACGAGAACUCGAAUACGGAUAAUAAUAGCGCCAAUAAUAGUAAUAAUAAUAAGAAUAAUACGCUCAAUUUGAAGCUGUCGAUAUUGCAGACCGAUUUGUCGCGGACACAGUACUUGAUUCGGUCGUACUUGCGCCAGAGGUUAAGCAAAAUCACAAAGUUUGCGAUGCAUUACCUUGUUCUUAUAUCGCCACCCGCGCCGUCUCCAGCAACACAAUCGCCAGACAAUCCGGAAAGUGGUGGUGUCAGGACGGAGGAUACGCUCCCCAACCCUUCCUCAUCCGUCGCAACAAGUCCGCUGUCGGAAUCAGAAGCACACUUCCUAUACUCGCACCAAUAUCUCCUCGCCUCACACUACCGCCUCAGCUUUUUGGCGUCCUUUCCGCCGCAGCUCAGGCGUCUGGAUGACAAUGCCGGCGGCACGAGUAUGAUCCAGGGCCCGGAUAUGCGUGAAGUCGUUGUGGUGAGGUGCUUGGUGCCUGAGGUUGCCAUGGUGGUUCCGGCGGAUGAGAUGCUCGAUCAGGAGAGGGAGGGGGAGGUAGUUAUGAGAAUGGGAGAGGUGUGGGUGGGGAGGUGGGAGGGUGUUAAGAAGGCGUGGGAGAAGGGGGAUGUUGAAAUCUUAUAG